AUGCCUUCAGCUCUUCCAGCAGAAAUAUUGUCCAACUAUGAGUUACAGUCGACUCAAUGUCUGCAGGACAGAACCCCCGAAGAACAGGAUCCUGGGUUGCGAGAGUUCUCCUUGCCCCCGGUAGACCAAGGCAAGGACGCCUGGCUAUGUCUAAUAGGCGCCUUUGUCCUGGAAAUGAUGGUUUGGAGUUUCCCCUUCUCUUUCGGUGUGUUUCAAGACUACUAUUCCACAAAUGAGCCAUUCACUCAAAAUGGAUCGAGUGUGUCUAUCGUAGGGUCAUGCUCUAUGGGAAUCCUCUAUCUUGCUUCACCUGUCAGUCUUUUCAUACUUCAACGCUGGCCACAUCUUUGUCGCUUAAGCAGUGUACUCGGUCUUGUCAUUGCAGUCACUGGCAUUAUCUCAUCCGCGUUUGCUACCAAAGUGUGGCAGCUCGUGAUCACCCAGGGUGUCAUGUAUGCUGUCGGUGCUUGUAUGCUAUAUUACCCUGUAUUGCUGUUUAUUGACGAAUGGUUUGUACGGAGGAAAGGGCUAGCAUUUGGGGUGUGCUGGGCUGGAAGCGCCCUCGGAGGCAUAGUAUUCCCAAUUGUCGUCAAUCUAUCGCUCUCGCGACUCUCCUUCAAGGUGACUAUGUGGGCCUGGGCGGUGAUUAUGGUCCUUCUCGUGUCCCCGUUUCUACCCUUUGUGAAGCCACGUAUUCGGGUCUCCGCUAUACAGGUCCGAAGGCCGCAUCGCAUAAGUUUCAGAUUUAUACGGUCCCGGCCGUUCCUAAUCUUCCAACUAGGAAGUCUUUUACAAAGCCUAGGGUAUUUUGCACCGUCCCUUUAUUUGCCGACGUACUCUCGCCUGGUGGUUGGCGAGUCCAGCUUCGGCACUACAACUCCCUUGAUAUUCAUGAAUGCCGGGAUGGUCAUUGGUUUUAUACUAAUCGGUUAUUGUAUCGACAAGUGGCAUGUUGCAAAUGUAAUUCUCUUUGCUACACUCGGCACUGUUCUGGGUGUGUUUGUGAUUUGGGGUCUAUCUGUUUCUCUGCCACCUUUGUGUGUAUUUUCCGUGCUGUAUGGGAUUUUUGCCGGCAGCGCUAGCGCUACCUGGCCUGGCAUUGUUCAGGCAGUAAAGGAGACGGACCAAGCAGCUCCGGCAGGAUUCGUUCUCGGCCUCUUAACAGCCGGUCGAGGAGUGGGCUCUAUAGCGUGUGGUCCCAUCAGCGAACUCCUCAUCAACGAGAAAUGGCCCUGGACAGGGAAGCCUUCCGCCAUGGGAUACGGGACGAGUUUUGGUGGCCUCAUCGUGUACACUGGAGUGACCGCCUCCUUCGGUGUAUUGGGAUUUGGGGCACGAAAGCUGGGGCUUCUUCAUUGA